AUGGUAUCUGAAGAUUGGAGAAGCAUAGAUAUUGAUGCAUUAGAGCCAGAUUCCCAUUUAACAAAAGAAGAUUUACUUCCAACCGAUAUUCCACCAACUACCAUUGAACAAGUCCAACAAGUUGCCAAUCAAAUCCGAUCUAACUUAUCAUCUGGACAGUUUCAACAAGCAUUGAGCUUGGCAUUAGACAAUGUCCCGUAUGUGGCUGAUCUGAACACAAAAGAAUUACAUUCAAAAACUGUAUUUGAAGUGUUGUGUUCAAUUCGUAAUAACAACAAUUUGAAUGAUUUGACUGGAUUCGUCAAAUCGUUGAGUAGUGAACAACAAGAUGUUUUGGUCAAAUAUUUAUAUAAUAACAUGUCAAGUCCUUACGGACAGAAGCAAGGUGGAUUGUUAUUGAAUUGGUUUGAGAAAACAAUUGAGGUGACUGGAGUUGGUUCUAUUGCCCGGUAUUUGACGGAUAGAAGAACUGUUUAA